AUGUCUGAAGAAAAAGCCUUCCCUACCUGGCAGGCUCCCUACGACCAGCACAACUUCCCAACAUAUCACCAUCAACUAUCGCAGGAGCCUAACUAUGUGGAUCCCUCGCAGGCCUCUCCAUAUGUCCCUUAUGUUUUCAACUACCCCCAGCAGUUGCAAUACUCUCCCUCCUCUCCGUUUCCAAUUAAUCAUGGGCAGCCCUUAGCAUUCAACAACCAGUACCAGCCAAUGCAGUCGCAUUAUUCGUACCAAUCGCCUAAUUAUCUAAGACAUCAAGACACGCCUGACACAUCAUACAGUGAGAAGCCGGGCAGUGCAACAACAACAACAACAACAGAUCUGAUACUGGACGACAAAAGGGAUGAGGAUCCGCAACAACACCCACAGCAUCCGUUCCAGUUUCAAAUGCCCCCCAACGUGAGUCUCGGCUGGCCGAUGGCUUACGUUGGACCGGAGGACCGUUUGGGAGUCGCACAAAGACGGUCACGGUCAUUUUCGACCGAGGACGCACAGCUGCAUCCUAGAAUGCACCAUAGAGGCUCGUUACCGAAAAACAUCCACCAUGGCUCAAGCGAGUCCAAGCUCUCCAGCUUGGAACAGCUUCAAAAAGACCCGUCUUUGUGGGAACUGCUCAAAUCGGUGCAGAAAAAAGGGGGAUCCUACAGAUGUAGCCACUGUACGGAAAAGUUUUCCACGGUUGAGCAAUUUAUCUUACAUCUGGACAAGUUCAAGUUGGUGAGAUCCAACAAGUGUCCAGUGAAGGACUGUCCCUAUCGGAUCAUCGGACUGCCAAGAAAGCCCGAGCUCAUGCGUCAUUGCCUUUCGCAACACUCCGAGACUUUAGAAAACCUGCUCAAGGUACAAAGAGGGGUGGAGCUGGACGGGGUGUCAAUGUCCAGCUCUCUUGCAGGAGACUCGAACGACGAUCCGGGAAGAAAGAAACUUAAUGUGUGUACGAGAGAAGGAUGCGGCAAGAAAUUCAGGAGAAAAGAUUCGCUUCAGAGACACGAGCGUCUGGUCCAUGAAAACCAGAACAGUCGGUUCAACCAACGGCUACGGAUGCAGAAGACCAUCCUGGGAGACGAUUUGGACGAAUAUGAGGACUGA